AUGCACGGUUUGUCACUGUCAAGCAGAACAGCUCUCAGUCUUAUGAGAGUAUUAUCGAUAGGAUUUCCUAUGCUAUUUCCCAUAAAUGUUGGUUGUACCUCUACGCAUGAAUGCGAUGUAAAAAAGCCAGAAGUACAAGACAAAGACUCUUCCAAAGACGUUGCUGAAAAUGGCCAGUCCAAUACUCAAAAGAAAGAUGAGGAUUCAUCUAAGUCUUCAGACUCAGAAACACUCAAAGUUUUUAAGGACGACAAUGGCUUUCUUACUAAGUUAAUGGGCUAUCCUGAAGUCUCGGAGGUUUUCAAUGAGUACUUUGAGAAAAUAAAACUAACACGUCUUGAUGAAUAUCAAGCUCACAGGGACGAGAUUUGGGAGGUUGUGGUUAUGCACCUGUGCAAUUGCAAUCCUGAAAUUGAAGAUGAAGUUCUAAAAAGAGGUGAUGCUGCUGUAAUUAAAGGGAAAAUGCAAGAGCUCAUGAUGGGUUCAUCCAUAUCGUUACUUGAAGAAAUUAAGUUGGAUGGUGUCCGAUUCAAAACCACCCCUGUCGAAGUUUUUAAGUUUUUCAAUGAUUAUUGUAGAACGAAAAUUUUAAGCUUAUCUGGAACAACUAACGUUAAUGUUGAUGUGUUGAAUAGUGUCAACUUGGAUAAAAUAAAGACAGUAAAGCUAUGUUAUAAUGGCUUGACAAGUCUACCCUGUCUAUCUAACUUUACCAAUCUUCAGCGUCUUGAUUUGGAAGGCAAUAAUAUUGAAACGCUUGAAGCUAAAAAUUAUUACGACCAGGAAAGAAAUGAUUUCAAGACAAUGCCAAAGUUGGCAGAUCUGAAGCUGCAUAAAAAUCCAAUAGGAUGUGUCAAUUCGAACGUCUUGCAGGUGUUUACCGACAGCUCUGCAAUAAUACAUCUGUCUAAUGUAGUUAUAUUUUGUACCUAUGACAGUAUGAAAAAGAAACUGAAAGGUUCGGGAAUUAAGUUCAUUGAUUCAUCUACUGGGCAAGAAGUAAAACAAUCAGAAGUUAGCAACUGA